GGAACAUUCACCGCGCGAAAGCCAACAACUUUGCAAUCAAGUACAGCUCGAUGACUCUUCGCAUGCAACGUUGAUCUCAUGCAAAUGGGAUCUGGGCGUUGUAAUACUCUUCUGCUUUUAAGGAACCCUGCUUGGAAUGAUAACCUGACAAAUCAGAAGCUUGAUGCUCGUCACCGCCGGGCUAGUGGACUUUUACUUCAAACCGAAGUAUAAGAAACACAAGACGACACCUCCUCAAGCCUCAGAGCAGAGCACCAUAGCACUUCGUCUUCCACCCCACACCUCCAAACAUGUCUCAGCCCGCCAAUGCCCCUACCACUCCCCGCCAACGCCUCCGGGACCUCCUCCCCACGGUGUAUCUAGGCCGCUGGAAGACCGGAGCCAAGAACGGCCUGACAGACAUACCCGGAGUUCUCGUCUCUACCCAGUCAAUCCACGACUCUCCGAAGUAUCCCAACGCUCCCGCGAACUCCAUUAACACCGGCGUCACCACGAUUCUCCCUCGCAAGGACUGGUUUCACAAGGCAUGCUUUGCGGGCAUUUUCCGCUUCAAUGGGUCCGGCGAGAUGACGGGCAGCCACUGGAUUGAAGAGACGGGCCUCCUCCAUUCGCCUAUCGUGAUCACGGGAAGCUUCGGCGUUGGUAACGCGUACAAUGGGAUCUAUGAAUAUGCCAUUCGCGAGUAUUCGGAUGACAAAGGGGGAGUGGACUGGUUCUUAACUCCAGUCGUGGCCGAGACAUUUGACGGCUUUCUGCACGAUGUCGCCAAGUUCGCCGUCACGGCCGAGCAUGUCAUCAAAGGGAUCGACGAAGCUAGCAGCGAGCCAGUGAAGGAAGGUAACACGGGCGGAGGUACGGGCAUGCUGUGCCACUGGUUCAAGGGCGGUACUGGAACGAGCAGCCGCGUGGUCCCUGCCGAAAACGGCAAGUCCUAUACGGUCGCCGCCCUUGUGCAAACCAACUACGGCGCCAUGAGGGACUUCAGAAUCGCUGGUGCACCGAUUGGCCGUAUGAUCUCUGAAGAGAAGGAGCGCGAGGCGCAGCUGAAGCCAAACGACCCGGGGCCCCAAAAGCAGCAAGAAGUCCUCUUCAAAGUAGCGGAAGCCAAGGAGAAGAAGGACGGCAGCAUCAUCAUCAUCCUAGGGACGGACGCCCCGCUGCACCCAACGCAGCUGCAGCGCCUGGCGAAACGCGCAACGGUCGGUCUCUCCCGCGUCGGCGGAUGGGGCGCGAACCCUUCAGGAGACAUCUUCCUGGCGUUUUCGACGGCGAAUGAGCUGGAUGUCCAGACAGUGACUGCUGCGAACAAGAAGGUGGAUCCAUGGGUACCUAGGGAAGUUGGAAUCGAUAUGAUAGAUGACCAGACUAUCAACGCACUGUUUGAGGCGAGUGCGGAUGCGGUCGAGGAGUCGAUCUAUAAUGCGCUUUGUAUGGCGGAGACGAUAAAGGGAUUCAGUGCUACGAUUGAGGCGCUGGACUUGGAUAAGGUCAAAGAGCUGAUGGGAAAGUACCUAUAGACCCCGCCAGGCAGCUGUACCCUGAACUCUCCACAUCAGGCUGCCUUCCUUCUCUUUUAGACGCAUUCCUUCGGCGCACCCUCUUCGUCAUUCUGUACGAAGUCCUGACGCACUGUACGCGCAAUGCCUACUCGGGGUUCGUUGGAAUGGAGAACGAUCGUACU